AUGUUCACCACUCGAACGUUCCUUUCUGCGAUGUCAAGAAGUGACGUUGCUACACUCAGAGAUCAUGCCAAAGUAACUGUGAAAAUGAUUGACACCGUAAUCAAAAAUUUGGAUCAAGAAACGGGCAAACGCACUGAUACAGGCAGCGAUUUGGAUCCGCAUCUUAUAGGUUUGUUUUGCCGAUGA